GACUGACUAUCACUCCACUUGCUUUGCCUUAUCAUCAAGUCAAGGCAAUGAUUGUUCUUCACUAUGAUCCACUCCGUUUUGAAUCAUUUUGAAGCGAGCGACGGAGGCAGAGCCAGAGCCAGAGCCAGAGCCAGAGCCAGAGCCAGAAAUGGCCGGAAAUAGCAUCGAUCGUAGAUGGUCUCUUCAAGGAAUGACAGCUCUUGUCACCGGUGGUACCAGUGGAAUCGGGCUUGCAGUGGUGGAGGAAUUUGCGGGACUGGGAGCAACCGUGCACACAUGCUCUUUUAAUGAAUCCCAGCUAAAUGAAUGCUUACGUCAUUGGGAAAGCAAGGGUUUCCAAGUAACUGGUUCUUUCUGUGAUUUAACAUCUCGAACCCAAAGAGAAGAGCUAAUGGCCACUGUCUCCUCUCUGUUCCAUGGAAAUGUUGAAACCUUAAAACCCAAUCUAUGCUUUCCAAGCCAAACUUGCGUAAGACAGGGAAAAUUGAUAAACAAUGUGGGUACGGGGUUGGUGAAACCAGCUAUAGAGUUCACAGCCGAUGAUUUCUCUUUUAUGACGAGCACCAAUGUUGAAUCUGGUUUCCAUUUGUCCCAACUUGCCCAACCUCUUUUGAAAAAUUCUGGAGCAGGAAGCAUUGUUUUCAUGUCCUCUGUUGCUGGUGUAGUGUCGCUAGAUGUUGGGGCUCUUUAUGGAUUGACCAAAGGAGCCUUAAUCCAACUUACAAAGAAUUUGGCAUGCGAGUGGGCAAAAGACAAUAUAAGGGUUAAUGCUGUUGCGCUCUGGUUCGUCAAGACAGAGCUUACCAAACCUAUUUUUGAAGACAACAAAUCAUUGGAGGCUAUUAACUCUCGAACUCCUAUGGGGCGCAUCGGCGAGCCAAAGGAGGUCUCUUCUGUAGUGGCAUUCCUAUGCAUGCCUGCAGCAUCAUACAUAACUGGACAAACUGUUUGCGUCGAUGGUGGGCUGACAGUGAAUGGCUUUGCUUUUCCAUGAAGAUCAUGUCACUGGUAUCAAAAAAGCCUCAAUCCUAUUUCCCUCUGUAAGACUAUAUAUGUUUAAACUAUGUUAUCUACAAAUAAAAGAGAGAAGGGAAAAAAACUGGAUACCCAUGAAGUAACAAAAAUAAACUUGUUAUUUGAUACUUAAAAUCUUCCUUUCCAUGCUUAUAAUAUUUGGCUUAUUAUAACCUCAA